GUGAACAACAGGGAUGACAAAAAAAGAAGCAAGCCAAGUAGUCAGCCAUACUUUUUUCUUUUAGAAAAACCGAGACAAAAGAUUUCAACUUACGUUGUACGUUUUUUAUUUUUUGUUUUAACAACUCCUAGUGUAAUAAAAUAAUUUUUAAAAACAAUUUAAAAAUAAUACAAUAAAAAAAAUUGAAUAAAUUUUUGAAGUGAUUAAAAUUUUUGAAAAAUUGAAAAAAUUAAGGCAAAAAAAAAAAAACGAGGACAUGUAGUGCUCUGUGGUAUAGUGAUUAGAUAAGUUUUUGUUUUACUUUAAAUGGAAGAUAUCACUAAAACCAUAAUGUUUACAGCAAAUUCAAUACAAAAUGGUCAACCAGCAACAAUACAAUAUCAAACAGCUGAUGGAACAAUAUUAAAACAACCAAAAAUUGAAGGUCAAAAAACUCAAGAUUUUCCAACUUUUUAUACAACAAAUGUUGGUGGCAAUGCAACAAUUAAUUUAGCCCAAUUAGCAGGUGAUGAAAAUAAAACUUGUUAUAUAGCUCAACCGUUAGGUGGAUAUAAUUAUGCUCUUGUUAAUCAAAUGCAAUUAGCUGCACCAAACGGCACAGUCGCAGGAGUAGCUACCGUUGACAAUCAAGGAAGAUUACAGAUAGUAAAUAAACCAAUAACUAAUACUAUAUCAAAUAUUAGUUUUAAAUGCGAUGUAUGUGGAUUAAUGUUUUCGCACUUAACUUUAUUAAAUCAUCAUAAAAGGAUUCAUACGCAAACAACUUCAUCAGAUCAAAGUCAAGACUCUUCGUUAACUGUUGUUACCCAAGGUAAUAGUAAUUCAAACGUUUUACAAGGUCAAACAUUAGUUUCAGAAAGUGGUCAACCUUUAGGACAAAUUCAAAUAGUUGCCACAGAAUCUCUAGAAUCAGCUUCAUUACAACAACAGCAGCAACAGCAACAACAGCAACAACAACAACAGCAACAACAGCAGCAACAACAACCAACAGCAGCGAAUGAAGUAACCGUAACUACAGCAAAUGGACUAAAGUUGGAGCGAGGUAAAUGCUCCGGUUGUGGUGCUGCAAUUUUACAUACGCCAACAGGGAAACGUAAAAAUACAAAAAUUCGUUGUGAAAACUGUUUACAAAAUAACGAUAAUUCAGCUGUAGUAAAUAAUUCACGAGCAGCAUCCACUCAAAUAUUUGUUGCACCCGAUGGUGAUGUUAAAUUUGAAAUGAGUGAAUUGCCUGAAAACGAAGAAUCUAUUGAAACGUUGAACCAAACACAAAUGGUUCAUGUACAACCACAACACAAUUUACAUAAAAUACAAACACAUCAUACACAGCAAAUUAAUCAUAAUUCUAAUACUAAUCAACAUCAAAAUCAUCAUCAUCAUCAUCACCACCAACAGGGAAAUUAUCCAUUGAAAAAACGUAAUCAAGUUACCAGAUGCAACAAAUGCAAUGGUAGUGGGGUAAUAUUUUUGGUUAAUCAAGGAGGAGCUACUACAAAUUCACAUCCAGUAAAAACUCCAAAUAUGAAUACUACAACCAAACAAGAGCACUCAAAACAGUUUCAAUGUAAUAUCUGUGGGGGAACAUUUUCAAGAUAUUCUAGUUUAUGGUCACAUAAAAAGUUGCAUAGUGGAGAAAAAAAUUAUAAAUGCGAAAUAUGUGGAUUAGCUUUUGCAAAAGCAGUCUAUCUUAAAAACCAUUCCAGGAUUCAUACGGGAGAGAAACCUUACAAAUGCAACACUUGUGGAAUGCAAUUUUCUCAAUCUCCACAUUUGAAAAACCAUGAAAGAACUCAUUCAGGGGAGAAACCUUAUGUUUGUGAAGUUUGUGACAAAGGAUUUGCUAGACACGCUACAUUAUGGAAUCAUAGACGCAUUCAUACCGGUGAGAAACCAUAUAAAUGUGACAUUUGUGGUUCAUGUUUUAGUCAAGCUGCACAUCUAAAAAAUCAUGCAAAAGUUCAUUCUGGUGAAAAGCCUUUUAAAUGUGAUAUAUGUUCAGCUGCGUUUGCUGAUCGUUUUGCCUUGAAACGUCAUAGGGGAAUUCAUGAAAAAUACGGCCAAACCGCACCGAGACAACCAAAACCGCCUGCUGAUAACCAACAAGCGCCAUUAAUUAUACAUAAAAUGGAAAUUGAUAAUGGUGAAGAUAGAACCGAACCAACAGAAGUUAUUAUAUCUGGACUUUAGGGGUUUUCAUAAUAUUAUUAAAAAUUGAUAAAUUUUCAGAAACAAAAAAAUUCUUAUAAUUUUACUACUUUAGGAAGAAAAGAAAUAAACAAAUCUUUAAAUAAAUAUGAUGCAAAAGCGAGUAUAUAAAUAAAUGUGUAUAUAUGUAGUUUUUAGAAAGUAGUAUUUAGUUAAACUUUAAAGUUUCUGAAAUUUUACUUUAAUAAAAUCAAAAAAAAAAAAAAACAAGUAAUUGUAAGAGAUAUAUAUACCUCUUUUAAUUUCGCAAAUUUUAUUAAAAAUUAAUUGAAAAAAAUAAAAAAAUUAAAAAUCAUUAGAUAAACAUUUAUUUUUAAUACAUUUUUUGGAAAAUUUAAUGUAAUGGACUAAA